UUUGACACAGUCUUUGGUCCGGAGACCAAUAACAGCACUGUAGCCGGGAAGGUGGCGUUGCCCCUGGUAGCACCUGCUCUGCGCGGAGUGAACGGAACCAUCUUUGCUUAUGGGGUUACCAGCAGUGGCAAGACACACACUAUGUUGGGCACGGACUCGGAUCCCGGUGUUGUACCCAGAGUGGUGCGGGAGCUGUUUUCUCAGAUUGCUGCUGCUAGGGCAUCAGGGGCAGGGACAGGGACGUCACCUGGGCCCCCUCGGGACUACACUGUACGGCUGUCCAUUAUGGAGAUUUACAACGAGGUGCUGAACGACUUGCUGGAUCCUACUCGUACGAACCUCAAGGUUCGGGAGGACUCUCGCAGCGGACUGGUAUUGGUGGAUGGCCUCUUGGAGCAAGUGGUGACGACAGCGGAGCAGGCGUUGGAUCUUAUUGCACGGGGCGAUCACAACCGUAAGGUCAGCGCCACAGCUUUCAACGAAGACUCGAGUCGCUCCCACACCAUUACACGCAUUAUUGUAGAAUCGACACCCCUGGCGACGGGAGGAGGGGUUGGCAACGACGGGGCCCUCAUCGACCUGGCUGGCUCCGAGUCCGCGCGUGCGGUCGUGAGCAAGGGGCAGCGAAUGGAGGGCUCGUUCAUAAACCGCUCCCUUUUGACGCUCGGGACGGUUAUACACAAGCUCGCAGCGGGUGCCGCAGGUCACGUGCCUUUUCGGGAUUCCAAGCUCACACGCCUGCUGCAGCCGAGUCUCUCUGGUCCUGGAGCGCGUGUGGCAGUGGUGUGCAAUAUCACUCCCGCUGCUGCUCAGUCUGAUGAAACCGCCAACACCCUCAAGUUUGCCGCGAGGGCGAAACUCAUCCAG